CUUCUCUGCACCCUGACAAAGCUUUUGCAGAUACAUAUCCCCAUUUCCCCUACUCGAGACGCCAUGGAAGAGGAUAAAAACAAGUUACAGACCUUGUCGGAGGCUCUGCAAAAGUUGCAAGACGAUCUACAGACUACGAUCGAAGCGCGACAGAAACUUGAAGCCCAACAACAAGAAAACAAGGCUGUUCAGAAAGAGUUUGCAUCUUUGAGCGACGAGGCUGGCAUUUACAAGCUUGUUGGCCCCGUUUUGCUGAAGCAGGACAGAACUGAAGCCGUGGGUGCAGUGGAUGGUCGACUGGAAUUUAUCAGCAAAGAGAUCAACCGGACCGAAGGCAGAAUCAAAGAACUACAGGAUGGUGCUGAGAAAAAGAGAGUAGCAUUGCUACAAUUGCAGCAAAACCUCCAGAUGGCGGCGCAGGAACAAGCGAGCGGUUGAAAAUACUUCGACUGACUACGAAUACGCCUUCUCUAGUACGGCCCACACUGUAUGCCUCAAGGACAACAUUUCGGACGGUGCCUGGAUCUCUGAACCAGUCCCGCAGUCAACUUGCUCACCUGGAUCAGUCGCACAAGGCCGUCACAGUAGGUUAUGGCUAGAUGUGCUUGGGUCAAGGCGCGAUGACUCGUUGUAGCCUCCGGGCACGAAUGCCGGCGUUUUUGGCUACUAUCAAAGCCGCUCAUCGCUUCUACUAUUACCAGAAUGGCCCCAGCAGUGAAAGGCUUAGGCGGCCUUGAGAAUGGCUUACCUAUCAAGUCCGCGAGGGACUUUGAGUGGUACAGAUAAAGGCUGGACAUCAGACAGGUAUUCUGCUACGGAGUAAUACUUCCUGUCAUGGAACAUUUAUGAGAAGGUCAAGGACUGUAUCCCUCUUGUACAAUUCUCGUCGAGAUCGCUUCGCAGUCAUGAUGAUGAUACAUAGCUACGGGCGAGGAAGGGCCAACGCGGGAUAGCACCAGACAUACCCUAUGGAAACUAACUUCCCCUGUGUCUAUCAAUCAAAAUAGG